UACUUUGUGUGUUGCUUUGAGUUGUAAAAUCCUGUCUGUCUAUAUUACAUUAAUCUGUUUGAAUGCAUUAAUCUGUAGCUCCAACUCGACUUCCUAGAUUGUGUUUCAUUGUCUCAUUGGUACCUUAAACAACAGGCCCCACCAGUGCAGCCCUUUGCACUGUUUUUGCAGGGCUGUUUUAGGUCUGAACACGCCUCAGAAAUAGAGCACAAAAUCCACAGCCCUCGUUAGCUGAAGCUCAUAUGAGACUUCAGCAGUCUGAAGGUUCAUUAUCAUUGAAAAACAGCUUGUAAUUGUUGUGUUAUGUGGUUUGUUGUGAUGCCUUUGCACAGAUGGUCAUGGUGCACUGAGAGAAGCCGCGUGUGCCAGAAGUUAAAGUUUGUUAAACUUUGAACCCGAGCGAAGCUGAACUUCGUGGUCGCUAAUCGCUGUUGACCACUGCAUGAAACUGAAAGAUGGACAAAAAAUAAAAACUUGUGGUGUUGAAUUUCCAGAACUGUACAGUAACAAACUAGACUUAUAAAUAAAGAUAUCAACAUGCAGAUGCAGCCACCAGGUUUGUUACAGAAACACUGUUUGAGUCUUUGAAACUUAGAGCUCUACUGCUAGCCGUAUUAGCAUCAUAGCUAAGCUGCUGCCCAUUAGUAAGUGCCACCAGGAGUACACGGACCAACGUGAAACACAUAGAGCAAGACCUUUGUUUUCCUGCGAUAAUCUCGGCCGCCAUGUCUAGAGCGACGGUGAAGAAGCUGCACUGGCGCUCCAAGGUCCAGGAGAGCUUCGUGCCGCUGGGCGGCGGCUCCGGAGAGCUGGGGCUCGCCAUCGGGGGCGGGGCAGACUACGGCGAGUUCCCGUUCGUCACAGCGGCUCCAGGGGGCGGGGCCACGGUAGGCGACAUCAUCUUAGAGAUCGGGGGGACGCCCGUGUUAGGGAUGACACUCGGCGAUGUCAGAGGAGUCCUCAACUCCUGUCCUCAUCCAAUCAGGAUCAAGACUGUCUCGCCAGGUUCGUCUCUGUGUAAGGACCUCAGGUUGUACCUCAGCAAGUGUUUCACUCCGGGCUCCAUGGACAGUCAGCUGCAGCAGCUCAUCAGAGAGAACCUGUACCUGCGCGCUGUACCCUGUACGACCAGGCAGCCUCGGGACGGGGAGAUCACAGGUGUGGAUUACAACUUUGUGUCCAUCGAGGAGUUCUUCUCUCUGGAGGAGUCUGGAGCUCUGCUGGAGAGCGGCAAGUUCAAAGGGAACUACUACGGGACGCCCCGCCCCGUCCACAUCGGUCCGGAGAGUCCACCAAUCACGUACCAGGAACAUCGAAACCUGCUGAGGAACUUCAGGACGAGGAGCAAAUCUCUGAGCAACCUGGAGAAAGCUGUGGAGGAAGGAGACAACAGCGAGGAAGACAGCGGACUGUCAGCAGGUUCAGCCGGAGCCCCGCCCACCACCCUGCCUCUCAGCCAAUCAUGGGAGUCGACGGUCGGGACCCGGGAGGGAAUAGAGAACGGAGGAGGAAGAGGAGUAGGAAGAGGAAGAGGAGGAGGAGGAGGAGGAGGAGGAGGUCCGCUGCCUGAAAACUGGGAGUUAGCGUUCAGUGAUUCAGGAGAGCCGUACUACAUCGAUCAUAACUCAAAGACGACCAGCUGGCUGGAUCCUCGCACUCAGAGCAAAGAGACGAUUUCCUGUACAGAACUCCCAGAGUUCACCGAGGAGCCCAGUGAGCUGAAGGGUUAUUCCAUCCACACUCGGCUCUCUAAAGGUCCUCGAGGUUUCGGCUUCAACAUCGUUGGAGGAAGUCGACCGCGAGAGUUCCUGCAGGUGUACAGCGUCACACCUGGAGGCCCGCCUGCUCUCAACACAGCCGACAUCCUGGUCUACAUCAACGACAGCUGCGUGUUGGGUCGCUCUCAUAAAGAGGUGGUGGAGAUGCUGAAGUCGGUGCCGAUGGGUCAGAGCGUGGACGUGGUGCUGAGGAGAGGAUACCCGAUGCUGUACAACCCCGACGGAUGUCCCAAACAGAGUCUGGAGACGCAGCCACAGACCCCCAGCGAGCCCUCCAACCCCCCCAACCUGAACCGCGGCCUGACGCACCUCACCUACAGCCGCACGCUGGACACCAAUGGCAGCAUCGCAGCACUGGCACAAACCCCGCCCUCCUAUGCUGCUCAGCCAAUGACGAACGGGCUGACAAGCCCGCCGACUCCCACUCCCUCUGAACCCCCAGUGGGUCCACCCCCCCCUCCAGAGAGGACGGCAUCCAGUCACAGCAACUCUGACUCCGGUCUUUCCAACCCUGGAACACGAAGGUCUUCUCUGAUUCGCUACAACAGCAGCACUCUCCCCACCCUCUCCUCCUCCUCCCUCCUCCACCAUCAGAGCUCCAAGUCCUCAGAGAGCGACCUGUCUACGUCCACCCUCCCCAUCUCCUCCUCCACCCUCCCCAUCGCCUCCUCGUCCUCCCACACUCUGUCCAAACUGCCGCUCUCUCAGCCUGAGACGGGCCUCCACCAACCCUCCACCAGCCCCUCUGCCGCUAACACCCCCACCCCUUCCUCCACACCUCCCGGCGCUCCUGUUCAGCGCCCGCCGAUGCCCCAGACCUCCGUGUCCCUGACCCCGCCCAGAGACAUCCCACCCUGCGGUUUUAAUGGGUGCCCCGCCAAUCACGCGGCCCCCUCCCCGGCCUCCAGAGGAAACCCGGGGCUGGUGCUGCCGGUUGGGGUGGGGUCGCCUGGGUCGGCCCCCGGCGGGGAGCUUGUGCCGGUGGCCCUCGGGCGCAACGAGGGCGGGGGGCUUGGGUUCAGUGUGACAGCGGGGGGCCAGGGGGGUCAGCUGGCGGUGGUGAGGCGGGUCUGGGAUCGAAGGCAGUGCCCCUCCCUGCAGCCGGGGGACGCUAUAGUGAAGAUCAACGGAGCGGACGUGCAGAGUCUCAGCUUCUCACAGGUCCAGAGAGUUCUGCAAGAACACACCAAACAGGGAGAAGUGGUACUACUGGUCCUCAGAGGAGGUCCCGUCUCCUCCCCAGUCGUCACUCCUAACCUCUACAAGCCCCUCCCCUCUCCUCACAGCCUCGCCACCCCUUCCUCCCACCCCCCCACUUCAGCCGACUUGCCUUCCCCGUCCACGGGUGCCUUGGUGGGGGGCGUCCCCCCGCUCAGCCAGGCCGGCUUGGCCCUCGAGAGCCCCCAGGAGGGGCACCUACCGGCCACAGGGACCCACCAAGGGGCCCCUCCUGCCCAGACUCCCAACGGGCCCCCGGCCUCGACCCUCAUCCAGAGCACCAGCUUCCUGGACUCUGUUCCUGUGACGUUGACGUUAGAGCCACGGGAUCUGCUGGGGGUGGAGGAGAGCGCCGGUGGGCCUCCUCCACUCAGAGGAGGGGGGGGAGGAGCUCUGGGUGCAGUCGCCAAAGAUGGAAGAGGAGCAAAGGCCGUGGAGGUGGACUUGAGGAGGCGGCCCGGAGAAGGCUUCGGAUUCGUCAUCGCCUCCCAGGAAGUGACCAAUGGAGCCCCGUCCCUGAUGUCGCACCGCUUCGUGACGGUGCGUCGCGGCAGCCCGGCGGCGCGCACGGGGCAGAUCCAGCCGGGAGACCAGCUGGAGGCGGUGGAGGGUCGAGCGGUCGGAGGCCUGCAGCACCGAGACCUCGCCCAGAUCCUGAGGAGAGCCGGGAACACGCUGAGACUGAGCAUCACGCCCAGACACCACUCGUCGUCCCUGUCAGAAGGAGCCGACCUGGACAUCGACGGCCGGUUGAUGAAGGGAUCCAGAGGGAGGUCAAAGGAGGAGUCGAGGUUCUACAGCGUGGAUCUGGAACGAGGUCCUACAGGUUUCGGUUUCUCUCUGAGGGGGGGCAGCGAGUACAACAUGGGGCUGUAUGUGCUGGGACUGAUGGAGGGGGGGCCGGCCCAGCGCAGCAACAAGAUACAGGUGUCCGACCAGCUGGUGGAGAUCAACGGAGACAGCACGGCCGGGAUGACUCACAGUCAGGCUGUGGAGCAGAUCAGAAGAGGAGGACAUCGAAUCCACCUCGUCCUCAAGAAGGGAAACGGAUACGUGCCCGACUACGGCCCUGAGGAAGGAGCCCUCUCCCCCUCCUCCUCUUCACGAAUAGAGGAGCAGGAUGUGGAUACGGUAACCAUGACGACUGCCUCCCUCAGCCCACAGAGGGGAGGAGGAAGUACCAAAGGAGAAGGAGGAGGAGGAGAGAAGAGGAGGAUGAGGAGAGAGGGAGAAACCAAACGAAGAACAGGAGGAGGAGGAGGAGGAGGGUUAGUGCCUCCUGAUCUGGACCUAGACGUGGUAGAGGAGGAGGCGCGGGAGGAGGAGAGACGGAGGGAGGAGGAGGAGGAGGAAGAGGAGAGGAGGAGAAGGAAGGAGGAAGAGCAGAAGAGGAAGAUGAGGAGCCAGACUGUGAGGCAUAAGGAUACACGGGACCACCAGAGGGAGCAGGGGAGGAGGACCCGGAGCUUACCCAGGAACGUUGCGCGAUCCUGGGACACACCGGCGACGCAGGAGGGGGAGGAGUCUGGGGGAGCGAAGCAGCAGAGGAGGAGGAGGAGCGAGAUGAAGAGCAGGAGGAGGGUGAGAGAGGAGGAGGAGGAGGAGGGAGACGUCACCACCACCCACCACACAGAGCAUUCUGGGAGCUCAGCUGGUGCUCAGAGAUCAGCGUUCUCCUUCCUCAUGCCGAUGGACGACGACGAGCGUCUGUCUGACAACGAAUCAGCAGCCAGCUUCUCAGAGGUCAGCCUAUCAGCAGCCAGCAUCGCCACCGCGGGAUGGAGGGGGGAAUCUGAUUGGACAAGAGCUCAGUUGUCACGGCAUCAAGGGGGCAGCCCAGGCCCCUGGCUGGAGCCGAGCCCGCAGAGACUGACGCGGGUUCUGAUUGGCAGUCGGCUCAGUGGGCGGGGACUAGAGGGCGGGCUCUCUCUCUGAUUGGCCAGCAGCGAGGACGUUCUCUUUCUUCAUUCACUGACUUUUUUUUGAGGGGGGGGAUAUUUAUAAGGGCUUUGAAGACCCGCCUCUUCCUGCAUCUUAUUGGAUGACUCUUCUGGUUUUUAUUGGAGGAUGAGAAGCAUGCAGAGUGAGGACCUGUUUCUGAUUGGCUGGUGGACGGGAUUCGAGGCCUCUGACUGGCUAAUGACACAACAGCUGCCCACAGAGCCGCCGCAUCUUUAACAUGUUUAAUUUUUUGGUGUUUUCAUUUUUACCCAUCAUCCCGCAGUGUGUCCUGAUGAGACGUUUCAGUCGAAAACGUCACAUCAGCUCAUCUUCAUCAUCUUCAUUAUUCUGACUUUAUAAACGUAUGCAAAGAUCAUCGUCAGCGGCUCGUAUUACAGCUGGUGAUUUAUCAAACAGUCUUUAUGUGUAUCUGAGCAUGUGAAUAUCAGCGGAAUGAUUUUUUAUUUUUAUAAACUGAACAUGUGACGGCUCGAUGACGUCAUUGUUAUUAUUAUUAUUAUUAUUAUUAUUAGACAUUAAAUAGAAGCAGAGAUGAUUUGAUUUGCUUGCUUGCUUGUAAAAAAAAAAAAAAAAAGAAAAUUGCCCGAUGUUUUGAAAUUCCUGAUGAUGUAACAGAGCCAUACACACACACACACACUCUCACACACACACACACACACACACACACACAUACACUCUGUGGCCAACAUGGCCGACGACCUGCAGCUCUGCAUCAUAACAAGUGCCUCAUUUAAACUUCAGCCUUCGUCCUGCAAACUGACGCCGAGGCUGCAGGCAGAGACACCGCAACUUCCUGUCAUGUACUGUCACAUCACACUAUAUACCACCACCACCACUUCCUGUCACAUCACGUCACGUCACGCUAUAUAGACCGAAUCACCGUGACGUCACGCUAAUAACAACAACAACAACAGUCACUUCCGGGUAGACAACUGGUAGUUGAUUUGAAGAUAUGUGACAUCAGCAAACUUGUUUAUUUCUGUUGUUAUUUUCAUAAUUGUAACAUUUGAAGAUAUAUAGUUAAACCAAAUCUACCCAAUAGCGACAUCUCACCACCAGUUGGACUAACUGGUAGCUGAUUUUGUCAUAGUGGGAAGCCGCCUACCGCUGCUUUACUCAUUUAUACUUAUGCUUACUUUUAAUUACUUUUACUACUUACUGCUUAUACUUAUACUGAUUUACAUGUGCUUCUUUAUUUACUUCUUUACUUGAUUAAACUCAUAUUUAUUUAUGCUCCACGUCAUUGAAUUGUAUGUACGUGAUGCAGUUGUUUUCUACCCGGAAGUUAUUGUAAACACUGAUUGGUUCUAUAUACCGCCACUUCCUGUCACAUUACGUCACGCUAUAUAUACCACUGAAAACCAACUGAUGAUUUAACCAGCAAAUACUAUUAUUGCAAUAUUUUUACUGCAUGUUUGGGCAGAAACAGUUUCAGAAUCAAAUUUUAUUUGUUUCUAUGUGAUUACAUUUCUCAGUUAGACUUUUGUUUUUUUUAUUUUUUGGAGGAGAAAUCAGUUCUGUAGGUUUGACUGACACUCAAAAGUAAACAUUUAUAAGAGUAAACAUUUUAAUAAAAGUCAACUUAGAUGAUU